UACAUGUAGCUCCUACAUUCUGACCUACAAAUCCUUAUCAAUUCCUCUAGGGAAAGAUCAAAUUAUUAAGUAUUGUAAUAUAAACUUAUUAAGGAAAACUUAAAAAUAUAGUAUAAUGACCAUCCAGAAAUAUGCCUUUAUAGCGAUAUGUUUGUUUUUUGUGUGGUUAGGAUUAACAGAGUCAAAUGGCGAAGAAUCUUCCUCAGAUGACAUUCGAUUUCUAAGACAGGAACGAUCGUUACUACGACAGGAAGUCGAGCAGCUCCGACAGGAAGUAAGACUGAACCCUAAAACUGGAAGUCCGCAGAGCGACAGCGCUUCCAGGAGAGAUGAAACUGAUCUAAAUAGAUUAUUACUUACUCAAGAAAGAAAUCGACGAUUAUUGCUAAACUCGCAAAAGGUCACCACAGAAAUAGCUUUCUAUGCCAACAAACCCAUAGAUUAUCAGAAUAUCUCGGUCCAUCAAACUCUGGCCUUCGGGAACGUCAUCUCAAACGUUGGUAACUGAUACCAUGGUACAUCCGGGAUCUUUACUCCCAGCGUAUCGGGCGUGUACGUUUUCCACGUACAACUGAUCAUGUGUACCGCUGGUCACGAGGACCGGACGGAACUGUUCGUGGAGGGGGGUCAGUAAAGGGGGACACUAU